CCUUAUACAUACUGCUAAUUGGGCGUGUGUGAGUCUUCGUCAGCUGCUGUCAUCACCCCGUCCUUCACGUUCCAGCCCUUCCCGUCCUGUGCGCGCUGCAGGGGACCUGCUUGCGUGUUGUCACUAUCUACUCACGUGUGACUCAGGGGUCCUAGGAAUGGAGGGCAGCUCCCUGCCUGUCACCCUUCAUCCUCCCACACACACGGGUGAGGAUGGAGCUUUGCUGCAGUAGAGUGUGUGGUAUAUUUCAGGCCUCUGUGGUCUUUGAGGAUGUGGCUGUGAAGUUCACUGCAGACGAGUGGGCUUUGCUGGAUCGAAAUCAGAGGAAGCUCUACAGAGAUGUGAUGCUGGAGACGUGCAGGAACCUGUCUGCUGUGGACGAGCAGAAAUUUCACAGCAGUGGAGAUCUGAGCCGAAUGCAGGAAGGGCUUUUGAGAAGUCCUUUGGUGGAGGGUGCAUGUGAAUGUAUUGAAGAUGAUCAACAUGGAGAAACCCUGAACCUGGUUACAAGUCUCAGUCGACUAUUGGAGUGUAUGGAGUGUGGGAAAGCUUUCAGGCAGCCGCAAGGUUUUCGAAGUCAUUUGAAAACGCACAGCACAAUUAAACCCUAUGAAUGUAAGAAAUGUGGGAAGGCGUACAAGUUCUCCUCAUCUCUUCGAGUGCACAUGAAGAAACACCCUGGGGAGAGACCUUGA